AUGGACAAUCGCCAGUGCCCUAUGGAUUUUGGACGCUUUGAGCCAUACGAAGAUCGGCGACGAAGGACCUUUGUGCCGGUCUUGUUGUGUUGCAGAGUUUACAUACACACCACUAAUUUGUCAUCAACACAAGAUUACUUGAACAAACGCAAUAACUUGAGCAGGGGUUUAAACCACUACGAUAUCCUGGAGCUGGACCCCAAUUGCUCAAAAGAAGACAUUAGGCACUCAUACUACCACUUUGCAAAAAUGUUCCACCCAGAUAAGUGUGGAAGUGACGAAUACGCGUUCCUACUGGAUCAAGUGAAAACGGCAUACGAAACACUUUCCAAUGAGUAUAAGAGAGUGCAUUACGAUAUCGUCAACUGUAACUUCGAUGAGGAGCUUAUGAAUGACAAAUUGAUUCCAAUUUACGAUCGUAUGCGUCAGAAAUAUUACACAUUCAUAAAUGAUAACGUGGAAACGUAUUUACUCCUAGUAAACAGUCAGUUCAUUCAACAAGGACUGAUAAUUAAGAAAGCGUUAUAUGGGAACUUGACUCUAGUAAACCCGGAAGAAUUGAAAUCUCUAUCAACUAUAGAGAACAAACAUCUGAAGGGCCCAUAUAUAGAUGUCACAGUCCAGUUGCAACUGCUGAUACAAAACGGAGUAUUGAACUUGAACUCGGGAGCUCCGACUUCUUUCGGAUAUUUGCCUGGAUUCUACAACCCAAUUGAUUUUGAGAGGAGUGAGGGGAUUGAUGAGUCGCAGUUAUACAUAUUAUACUUAUUCAGAAACAAUGUUCACGAGGUGACGCUGAAUGACCAUUCGUGCGUUCGUUUGCCAAUGAAGUCGCAUUUGGUGUACGGAAAUUAUAUCAAAGGGCCAUUUCCUCUCUCAAAUUUAGCAUUAAUGGUAUAA